AUGUAUGUGGCUAUGGACAGAGCUCUGAUGGCUCUUUCACUCGAGGAUGAAGAAGAAGAAGUCCCCUUCACGAUGCAGGAGCUUACGGGCUUCAGCUCUGCGGAGGAGAAUGCAUUGAGCAUUAUGGGGAGAGCUCUCAACCAUGAAUGCCAAAAAAUGUCUAGUCUGAUACUAAUUAUGCCGAGGAUGUGGCAAAAAGAAGGAAGAGUUAGGGGAGUAGCCCUAUCUCAGGAGAGGUUUCAGUUCAUCUUCCAACACGAGUAUGACCUUUUUAAUGUGCGGGGAAAAAGGAUAAGCAAGAUCCCAGUGAACUAUUACAUUCAGUCGGCGCUUACGACUCUGGGAGAAAUGAUAGGAGCGGUCAAGGUGGUGUCUUUUGACCGUUCAAAACCCAUAACUCAAGACUUUAAUAGAGUUCAAGUGAGGUUCAAUGUCGCUAAACCCCUGAAAAUGGCUAGGGUUCUCAACAUGGGAGCAGGGAAAUCCCACACGAUUCAUUUCGACUAUGAGAAAUUGCAGAAGCGAUGCUUCACUUGCAAGAGGCUGAACCAUGAAGAAAGCAUUUUGCCCUGUCUUGAAGAAGCGCAAGUAGGGACGGAUCCCCUCACUGGUCGUCCCAAGAUUUCUAAGGAAGUGCUUGAGGAAAUGCGAAGGUUUCUCAUCUCUGAUAUGAGUGAGGAUUUGACGAUCAAGAUUGACAAAGUAAAGAGAUCUGUCAGAGAAGCUGAAAGCAAUCCCAUCUUGAGGCUGGAAUCGGUUCCUAUCAUCACUGCUGAUCUUAACAAAGGGAAAGGUUCAACUUUUGAGUAUGCUCAGCAGCGGAGACAAGAGAUGACUCUGAAGGAAGCUUCUACGGUACUCUGUCUGACUGUCCAACGGUGCUUAAGACUGGUUUUACGGAACCUAGUUCAUCCGGGGCAGUUAGCUAGGAAGAGGGUUAACGUGAGGAGAAGACCUCCAAGAGCGCAAAGACAGAGAAAUCAGUUAGCUUUACUCACUGCCAGUGGAGAUCAGAGCAGCCUCAGAAGAGAGGGGAAGCAGGAGGUGGGUUCCAGGAAGAGAAAGAAGACCGAGGAAGGAGCAGAGGUUGGCUCUAUCAACAAGGCGCAAUGCCUUCAGGUGGUCCCGCAUGAGGGAUCGCCCUCUUCCCAAUGA